AUGGCGCCAGGGGAGGGGGCACGGCGUGUGCACUUUGCGGUGCAGCAGCAGGGCGCCUACGCCUACGCCAUCCAGCUGCGCCUCACUCCCGCGCUGCUGGAGGCGCUUCUGGCCGCGCAGGAUGCUGGAAGGGCCGCAUCCAUUUGCUUCGGCGAGGUUCCGCAGUCCAACGCCAUCACCGUCGGCGACGCCGCCUUCCGCUUCAAUGCGCUGGCCGAGGAGAGCUGCGACCUGCUGCGCUUGGCUCCCAGCACCGGCGGCAGCCCUGCCAUCGUGGGUGCGGUGCGCCAGAAGCUCAUGGUGCAGCGCAACAUUGAAGACGAGCGGGUGCGGGUACGGGCGCGUGCCGAGGAGGCGGAGCGGCGCGGGCAGGAGCGCAAGGCGCAGCUGCUGGGCAAGCCUGCCGCCAGCCAGGCCAUGCCGCGCACCAAGGUGCAGCGUCUCACGCCGCCGCCCUCCGGCCAGCCGCAGCAGCGCGGGCCCACGCCGCCGCCGGCGAGGCAGCAGCAGGUCACCGCCAGCAUGCUGUCGGCGCCGGCAGGCAAGCCGCCGACGCACCCCGCGGGGCGCGGGCUGACGCCGCCGCCGCCCGCGGCGGCAGCGGCCGCGCCCGCGCCCAAGGCUGUGCACAAGUCUGCCUCUGCCGGCAAGCUGGGCGGCGGCAAGCACAGCUCGGCAGGCAGCAUGGGCUCCCUGCAGCUGGCUGCCAGCCCGCUGGUGCUGCGGGCGGCGCGAAGCGGCGCCAGCCUGCGCCUCUGCCUGAUUGCCAUCCUGGCCGAGCGCCCCAUGUCCAUGAAUGCCAUCAAAGCCGUUCUGUCGGAUGCUGCCUCGCGGGUCAAGAGCUUCAAGGUGCCGGGCAAGGAGCAGGUGGAGCGAGCGCUCAAGGCUGUUGCAGAGUUCAAGGCUCCCGGACUGUAUGUGCUGUACCCUGUGCUGCUCAAGGAGCUGGAGGAGGGGCUCCCCGGCGGCGGCGGCGGCGACUUGCUGGCGCCAGCUGAGCAGCAGGCGUCGCCGCCUGUACCCAGCGUGGAUGGCGCCCCCGCGACCAAGAAGCGGCGGGCUGCAUCGGCAGCCCCGGCGGGCGCGGCGCCUGCCACCGCUGGGGACCGCGGCGGCGUGCAGCGCAGGCCACCAGCCGCCGGCAAGCGCGCACGCCUCGACUGGACGGAUGACGACAGCAGCGAUGCCGAGCAGCAGCCUGCAGCGCAGCGCACGAGGCAGCAGCCUGCGGCCGUCCACACCGCCUCGGCGCCCGCGGCCGUCGCUGCGGCCGCGUCGCCGCCCAGCGUGGGCGGCGGGCCCGCCGGCGCCAGCAGCGGCAGCGGCGGCGCCGUGGCGGGUGGCGCAGGCGUGCCGCUGCGCCGCACCAGCAGCAGCCGCGGCUCCGACCAGGCAGACGAGUCGUGGAUCGAGGAGCAUGCCGACCGGCAGCCGCAGCCCGCGGCGCCCAUCCACUCCAAGGAGGAGUAUCACGAGCGCGCCGCCGCCUUCAACUCCAAGUAUGAGGUCUACUUUGCGCUGCACCAGCUGAUAGAGGCGCACAAGAGGGACUUUGAGGGGCUGGAUGCCGCCAUACGCUGCGCCGCCAGCGAGGCGGAGCGAGACAGGCACCGCACCGAGCUGGAGCGGCUGCACCGGCGGCGGGGGGAGCGCGCCAAGCGCUGGGACGCUGCCUACAAGGUGCUGCACCAGGAGCUGGCGGCUGCCAAGGCGCGCAUGGCGGAGUUUGUGCGCCAGCUGCAGUGCCAGCAGCAGCAGGAGGGCGGCGGGCCGGGGUCGGCCGCGCCUGUUGUGCGCGUCAAGUGA